CAGCUAUCACAGCUACCACGCAAACUAACUAUCAAAACGCUGGCAGACACACGACACAACAUCACUUGAGCACUUUAACACACACACACACACACAUUAACACAUACAGUACAUACAAAUUCUCCACCUCACCUUCCUCUAGCUGGACACACACACACAGCCACACCCUCACCACCUUGUUUGUCUGUUGCAGCUAUGGCAGACAAAAAGGGUCUCAACAGACUGACAGUGAGGAGGAAAGAGAACAGCAAAGCUGACAAAGAGAAGGAGAAGGAGAAAGAAAAAGAAAAGGAGAAGAAAGAAGACAAGACCAAGAAGCCAGGAAAACCAGAGAAGCCUCCGGAGAAACCCAAGAAGGAGGAGAAGCCGACGAAAGAGGAGGAGAAGCCGGCGAAAGAGGAGGAGAAGCCGACAGAAAAUGGGGAGAGCAAAGAAGGGGCAGAAGCCAUGGAGGAGGAUGGAGAGUUUAAGAUGGAGCCCAUUGAGCUUCCGCCAUUUGAGAUCAUCAUCGGAGAACGUAUGAGCCCCUUCUACUACAAGUUCCAGUUCAGGAAUGUUGAGUACUCAUCCGGCCGGAACAAGACGUUCCUGUGCUACCUGGUGGACAUCCAGGACAAAUCCAAGUCCAUCGAUGGCAUGCGAGGCUACCUGGAGGACGAACACGCAGGUUUCCAUGCCGAGGACGCCUUUUUCCAGAAGGUGUUGCCCCAGUACGAUGCCACGAAGGGCUACGUGAUCACCUGGUACAUGUCGUCCAGCCCCUGCGCCGCUUGUUCCACCAAGAUCGCGGAUGUUCUCCGCGCCCGCACAUCGCUCCGCCUCACCAUAUUCUGCUCCCGUAUAUUCCUAUGGGAAGAGCCGGAGGUAAUGGAGGGGCUGAAGGCUCUGGCCAGCGCCGGGUGCAAGCUGCGUAUGAUGAGGCCGUUGGACUUCACCUACACCUGGGACACAUUUGUGGAGAACGAGGACCAGACCUUUACUCCCUGGGAGGACUGUCAGGAGAACUAUGACUAUUACGACGAGAAGCUCACCAACAUCUUGCAAUAACUGCUGACCAUAGUUUUCUCUAAACAUCUCAUCUCCAAGUUAUCAAUGAAGUUCACUACCUGUUUCUUGCCAGAGGAGUCAACCAUCUUCAACCAGCUAUAUAACCUAUGAUGAAUCCCAAGUGAUGAACAUAGACCUCUAAUUAGAAUUUGCAUAGGAUUCUGGAACUGUCCAUGUCUAGUUUCCAUCAGAGCCAUAUAUAGAUACAUCUGAUGUAUCUAUAUGGCUCUGGUUUCCAUUAUUCAGGUCACAAUCUCAGUGAUGUCACGGUUAAAUUAGUCACACUCACAGCACUUACUAGAAAGCCCUUGGAUCAUAAAACUAAAGAAACAAACUCUCAUAAAACAAACCCUAACAUUUUAAAAGUUUUAGUUGCAUUUAGAUACAUAUAUUUUCGUUGUUUUUUUUCAUAUUGUCUGAUUAAAGUAAAAAAAAAAAAAAAAAAAGAAAUUACAUUUCUUACCCAAAAAAUAUAUUUUGAAUGUAGGAUGAAGUAUGUGCUCUUUCUGUACUAUAUUUAUAUAAAAUUUGAACGUCUGCUUGAAGUGAGCUCAUCUCAUCUUUCUGGCCACAAUAGCCUCGGGAUAGCAUAAUGCAUAUUGAUACUGAAUUGUAACCAUGUCAAAAGACAGAUCAAUGGACACUGCCCUUUCUAAACAAUCCACCUUGUUUAACCAAAUUCACUGUUAAUGUCAACCUUACAGUAAGUUAAAAACUUAAAGUUGACUGAUAUUUAACACUUUUUCAAUGUGACACGGACUCACAACAGCAAUCUAGCAUGGCUACAGUCCAUCACACUAUUACUAUCACAAUAAUGCAAGUGCAUUACAAACUUAUA